AGCAGAAUUAGCAGAAGCUUUUCUUGUCUAGCAUCAUCACCUGUUGAUUCUUAAUUCACAGUUUAUAUCCAGUUUUCAAAAUAUUUUUUUGUGAGUGAAGUGCUUCGAAAAAUAAUCUCUUCCUAAUUACUAAAAAUGUCAAAAAAGUCAGUUUUAGUGAUUGGAAGUGGGGGAAGGGAGCAUGCUAUUUGUUGGAAACUUGCUCAAUCCGCCGAGGUGGAAAACGUAUACGUGGCUCCUGGAAAUUCAGGAAUAGCAUCUGAGCCCAAAGUCUCUCUCCUAAAACUUGAUAUAAACGACAAUAAGACUGUAGCAGAAUGGAGUAAAAAAAAUGGAAUAAGUUUAGUCGUCGUUGGCCCAGAGGCUUAUUUAGCAAAUGGAUUGGCUGACGAACUACAAAAAAAUGCCAUUCCCUGUUUUGGCCCCGAAAAACUUGGGGCUCAACUUGAAACUGAUAAAAAUUGGGCCAAGGCUUUUAUGGAUCGACAUAAUAUUCCAACCGCCAAAUGGAAGAGUUUUACAAACAGCGAGGAAGCGAAAAAAUUUGUGAAAACCUCCUCUUUCAAAGCUUUGGUUGUGAAAGCUGCGGGAUUGGCAGCAGGAAAAGGCGUUGUGGUGGCAAAAGAUAUCGAAGAAGCUUGCCAAUCAAUCGAUCAGAUUUUGACCGAAAAAAAAUUUGGUUCGGCUGGUGAGACCCUUGUGAUUGAAGAACUUCUUGAAGGGGAAGAAAUUUCGAUGCUGGCCUUCACAGAUGGAAAAACGGUUGUGAAUAUGCUUCCUGCUCAGGAUCAUAAAAGAAUUUUCGAUAAUGAUUUUGGGCCCAAUACUGGAGGAAUGGGAGCUUACUGUCCCUGUCCUCUUUUAAAUGAUGAAGAGCAAGAGGAGAUUAAAAAAAAUAUUUUACAAAAAGCAGUUGAUGGAUUGAAAAAAGAGAAUAUUCCGUACGCAGGUGUUUUAUACGCUGGUCUGAUGAUGACUGAAAACGGACCCAAAGUUCUGGAAUUCAACUGUCGAUUUGGCGAUCCGGAAACUCAAGUUAUCCUUCCUUUAUUACAAUCUGACCUCUUUGAGAUAAUGAAGGCGUGCUGUGACGGAACUUUAAAUUCAAAAACUGUUUCCUGGAGGAGAGAGGUUUUUGGUGUGGGUGUAAUUUUAGCUUCCAAGGGUUAUCCGGAAUCUUCUUCAAAGGGCCAGGUUAUUACUGGUGCGGAAGGUUCGAAUUCCGUAGAGGAUCGUUUUAUUUUUCACAGUGGAACAAGUGUCUCCCCCUCUGGAGAUUUAUUAACAAAUGGUGGAAGAGUUUUAAUUGCAGUUUCGUUGGCAACUUCAUUGGCUUCAGCUGCAGCAAAAGCGACCUCAAUUGCUCGAAAUAUUUCCUUCGAGGGAAAACAGUUUAGAACUGACAUCGCUCACAAAGGAAUUGCCAGAUCUAUUUUGCAACAUGGAAGACUGACCUACAAAAGCAGCGGGGUCAAUAUAGAAGCAGGAGAUUCCUUUGUGGAAAAUAUAAAAAAUCUCGUAUCUUCUACAAAAAGAUCGGGAGUUUUGGGAAGCAUUGGUGGAUUUGGCGGCUUGUUUGACGCCAAAGCUGCCGGAUAUCAGGAUCCGUUACUCGUUUCCGGAACCGACGGAGUCGGAACAAAAUUAAAGAUAGCAAUUGAGUGCAACAAACACGAAACUGUUGGCAUCGAUUUGGUCGCAAUGUGCGUAAAUGAUGUCCUUGCUCAUGGUGCCGAGCCCUUAUUUUUCCUUGAUUAUUUUGCAUGUGGAAAAUUGGACGUUGGAAAAGCAGCAGAUGUCGUCAGAGGAAUUGUCGAGGGAUGCAAGCAAGCUGGGUGCGCCUUGGUUGGAGGAGAAACGGCCGAGAUGCCGGAAAUGUACGCCGAAGGAGAAUAUGAUUUGGCCGGAUUCGCGGUGGGUGCGGUCGAAAGAAAUAAUUUAUUGCCACGAAAAAGCGAAAUGAAAAUCAACGAUGUUGUAAUUGGUCUUCCUUCCAGUGGAGUUCACAGCAAUGGUUUCAGUUUAGUCAGAAAAACGCUGAAACUCGCAAAUAAAAGUUACUCUGAUCCGGCCCCUUUUUCAAAUUCCAAUAAAUCAUUUGGCGAGGAGCUGCUCAAGCCAACAAAAAUUUACACCAAAGGAGUUCUUCCUGCUCUCAGGACGAAUUUAGUGAAAGGAUUCGCUCACAUAACUGGCGGAGGAUUAACAGAAAAUAUUCCGAGGGUUUUGCCGGAUGGAUUUAGUGUUCAUUUGGACGCGACUCAGUGGAAAAUUCCGCCCGUUUUUGGUUGGCUCGCAAUUGCUGGUGGAAUCAGUAAACCAGAAAUGCUGAGAACCUUCAACUGUGGAAUUGGGGCAGUAAUAAUUUGCUCUCCAGAAAAUAAGCAGUCGGUUCUCGAUAAAUUAAAGGGAGAAGAACCCGUUGUAAUUGGAAAUUUAAUUCCUCACAAGGGUGAUAGAAGAGUCCAGGUGAGCAAUUUUGAAAAGGCUUUUGAAUCCGAGAUGAGAAGAUACGUUUCUCCUCUUGUUGAAAAUCUCUCGAAACCUUUGAAAAAGGUUGGGGUUCUAAUUUCUGGCAGUGGAACGAACCUUCAGGCACUAAUUGAUACAACUCAAGAUCCCACACAGCAUAUUGGGGCAGAAAUUGUACUUGUCAUUUCGAAUAAACCCGGAGUUGAAGGACUAAAACGAGCUGAGAGAGCUGGAAUUCAAACCAGAGUCAUCAAACAUACAGACUAUCCUAGUAGGGAAAAAUUCGAUGAAGAAAUGGACAAACACCUGAGAAAAUUUGGGGUUGAAAUUGUCUGCCUGGCUGGAUUUAUGAGAAUUCUUUCGCCCGAUUUUGUUAAAAAGUGGAAAGGCGCAAUGCUUAAUGUUCAUCCUUCUCUUUUGCCAUCUUUCAAAGGAGCCAAUGCUCACAGAGAUGUUCUCGCUGCUGGCGCUCGUAUUUCUGGAUGUACCGUACAUUUUGUCGAGGUGGAGAUUGACUCAGGUGCAAUUAUCGAGCAAGAAACUGUUCGAGUUUUGCCGAAUGAUACAGUAGAAACUCUUCAAGAGCGUGUAAAAACCGUCGAACAUAUUGCUUUUCCAAAAGCUUUGAAGCAUCUCGCUACAGAAAGAAUUUUUCUCGGCAAAGACGGAUCUUUAGAGUGGAAGUAUUAAUUUUAAACCCAAGACUUUAAACAUUUCUUUAAGUUUUGUACAUUUAUAUUUCUCAAAAUAAAAUA